AUGGGAACGUGCUCCGGGAAGAGAGUUUCGCCCCUUCUAAUCCUACCUGCUAUCCUCCUCACAGUGCUCGGCCUUCACUUCCAUCUGCAGCUAGACUGGUCCUUCUCCUCUCUCACCCAAUCGAUCAAGAGGCCACCAGUAGCUGGCAUUGUUGUGGCCAGUCUCCGGCGUGAGGACACCUCUUGGGUGCAUCAACAUCUGCCGGGCUGGUCCCGCAGCGUCUAUGUCGCGGAUGACCCCUCCGCCGAAUUCACCGUCCCCAAGAACAAAGGCCGUGAGGCCAUGGUGUAUCUAACCCACAUCAUCAACCACUACAACACCCUCGCCCCCACCACCAUCUUCAUCCACGCGGCGCGCUUCGCCUGGCACAACGACGACCCGGACUACGACGCCCUCGCCACGCUCCACCACCUCCAGCUCGACCACGUCCAAUCCUCCGGCUACGUCAACCUGCGCUGCGCCUGGGUGCUCGGCUGUCCCGUCGAGAUCCGGCCGCACCAGGACGCGGCCACAGACCUGGACAGCAUCGGCACCACGGCCGCCGACGGCCGCAAGAUCACCACCAAGGAGGUGUUCAAGCGCGCGUUUGAGGAGUUGAUGCCCGGCGUGGAGGUGCCCCGGGAGGUGGGCGUCGGGUGCUGCUCGCAGUUUGCGGUCUCGCGCGAGGCGGUCCAUCGCCGGCCGAGGGAGGAUUAUGUCCGUUGGAGAGAGUGGCUGCUGCGGACGCCGCUGGGGGAUGAUUUGUCGGGGAGGGUGUUGGAGUAUAUGUGGCAUAUCAUCUUCGGGAAGGGGGCUGUCUUUUGCCCGUCGGCAGCCGAGUGUUAUUGUAACUUGUACGGGCUAUGCGCUUUGGAGUGUAAGGAGGAUAAGUGCAACGGCCGAUAUGUCUUGCCGAAAUAUGCGGCUCUGCCCAAGGGAUGGCCAAGAGUGGGUUGGUCCGGGGAGGAGAGGAACUACACUGGCCCGGACUGA